UCAUUAUCAUCUUGCUGUUAAAAGUCUUUCUUCCCAAAGGCACGUGAACGAAAUAAAUGAAACGCAUCUGUUUCCAUUCAAGAAAAAACAAGCCAUGUCUCCAAUUAAGCUUUUAGCAUUGCUUUUGCUACCUCAAAUUGUAGCCAUUUCAGCUUCAGAUUCUUCUCCUUUCACCUUCAAUGGAUUCAAAUCGGCUAACUUGAGCCUCGACGGCGUAGCCCAACUCGCACAAAACGGCCUCUUGAUUCUAUCAAACUUCACCAAACAGCAAACAGGGCAUGCUUUCUAUCCACACCCUCUUACUUUCAAGAAUUCCUCAAAUACCUCAGCUUUCUCUUUUUCGACCUACUUUGUAUUCGCCAUAGUUCCCCAAUUUCAGCUACUAGGAGGUCACGGGUUGACUUUCGUGUUAUCUCCGACAAGAGGGCUCCCAGGUUCUCUUCCAAGCACAUACCUCGGACUCUUCAACGAAUCCAACAAUGGAGAUAUUUCCAAUCAUAUAGUUGCAGUUGAACUAGACACCCUUAGAAGCGCUGAAUUUAAUGAUAUCGACGACAAUCAUGUCGGUAUAGAUAUCACCAGUUUGGAAUCGGUGCUAGCUAAGCCUGCAGGGUAUUACGAAAAGGGUGUUUUCAAGAAUUUGACUCUCAAUAGUGGCAAGACAAUGCAAGCUUGGAUCGAAUACGACGGUGUUUCAACACUAUUCAAUGUGACACUAGCUCCACUAAAAUCAAGAAAACCAAGUACUCCUCUGUUGUCAUUGAGGUACGAUAUUUCGCCUAUUAUCAAUCAGAUCAUGUACGUUGGAUUUUCGGCCGCGCCUUUACAGACAUCACAUUAUAUAUUGGGGUGGAGCUUCGAUAUCAACGGAGCUGCUCCACCGUUGGAUCUCUCAGAACUACCCAAGAUCCCAAGAAUCGGACCGAAGAAACAACCAAAGUCUUUAACAAUCGGUUUGCCUGUGAUCUCUGUAGUUUUACUACUGUUGGUUACCAUUUGCGUGGCUUACUAUGCUAGACGAAAAUGGAAGUUCGCCGAAGUUGUUGAAGGGUGGGAGCUUGAUUAUAUACCCCACAGAUUCACAUACAAAGAUUUGUACAUUGCCACCAAAGGGUUUAAAGAGAAGGAGCUAUUAGGAAGCGGGGGAUUCGGUAAAGUGUACAGAGGUAUAAUGCCUAAAUCAAGAAUCGAAGUUGCGGUGAAGAAGGUUUCUCACGAAUCGAGGCAGGGGAUGAAAGAAUUCGUGGCGGAGAUUGUCAGCAUGGGGCGGCUCCGCCACCGGAACUUAGUGCCGCUGCUGGGGUACUGCCGGAGAAAAGGGGAGCUCCUCUUGGUGUACGAAUACAUGCCUAAUGGGAGCCUGGAUAAAUAUUUACACGAUCAACCAAAAUCAACUCUCACUUGGGCGCAAAGAUUUAAAGUGAUCAAAGGCGUAGCUUCCGGGAUUCUUUACCUACACGAAGAAUGGGAGCAAGUUGUGAUUCACAGAGAUAUAAAAGCCAGUAAUGUAUUGCUGGACGGCGAAUUGAAAGCGAGAUUGGGGGAUUUUGGCCUAGCUAGGUUGUACGACCAUGGAUCCGACCCGCAAACGACCCAUGUUGUUGGUACUCUCGGGUAUUUGGCUCCGGAACAUACCAGAACGGGUAAAGCCACGACCAGCAGCGACGUGUAUGCAUUUGGGGCUUUUUUGCUUGAGGUGGUUUGUGGGAGGAGGCCGGUGGAUCCGAAGAGUUCGUCGGAAAAAGCGGUGCUUGUGGAGUGGGUGAUUUCACUGUGGAGUGGAGGUGAGAUUUUGGGGGCGGUUGAUCCGAAUUUGGGGGGUGAAUUUGCUGAGGGGGAAGUGGAAUUGGUGCUGAAAUUAGGUUUACUGUGCUCACAUUCGAGGCCGGAGAUUAGGCCUGGGAUGAGAGAGAUUGUGAGGUAUUUGGAGGGGACGUUGGCUAUGCCGGAGUUGUCGUCGGCGGCGGGUGUCUCCGGCGGGGAGUUGGGGUAUUAUUGUGAAGGAUUUGAUGAUUAUCGAUUCUCGUAUACGUCUACUGCGCAGACUGCCAUGUUUUCCGGCUCACUCUCUGUUUCGAAUUCCCUUAUUUCCGGUGGUCGGUGACAAAUUUUGUGCACCAAUUUUUAUGUUUUGCAUUUUUUAACGCAAGUAUGCUAGUUAUGUAUUAUUUCAAAUAUAUUUUGGAGCUCGUGUGUCAUGUUAAUUCAUAUUAAGUAGUAUUAUUAUUUAACAAACUCAAUUAAGAAUAAAUUCGUUUUGUAACAUUAAUAAUAAAUUAUUAUUAUUAA